UCUACUGCCGGUAGGUUGUAACAAAGAACCACCGUGUCUUCUAUAUCAACUCGUAUUUUUUGGUGCCAUUUAUGAUAAACAAAUGUGGGUAGACCUCAAACAAAAGAUUUUUUAUAACCAUACUUCAGGCACAAACAAAUGUCCGGCAGUUUCCUUUAUGUGACAUUAGAGCCUGACUAUUACGGCCCUGCUACGGCAAUGAAGUUAUGUUACAAACGAUAUGGCAUCAACCCAAGUGUCUAUCAUCAUUGCUGCUCACUUCCGCUACGUUGCCGCUGAUGCAUGAAUGGAAUUUGCACUCAAGGGCAUCCAUUCAUCCCUCAAAUUCUGCCACACCGAGACAGAAGUUAGAGGUGUUCAUGGAACUGGCGGGGGGGGGUGAAGCUUUGCUGGUGUAGGAGGGGUAGAAGCGACAGGACAGGCCUUUCCUCAGGAAAACAUAUCACCUUCCACCACAAUAGAGUUGGCCAGGAAACCACGGGCAGCCACAUUGCUCUCUUGAGUCCACGAGUACGUUCAGACACACUCUUGCACUCAUCAGUCUCACACACACACACACAAAGCCUGCACACUUCAGGAUGACACGCUACUGAAAUACUACAAGGAUCGUUUUCUUCUCAGGUGUGAUCCAGUUCCAAUCUCAAGUGCAAACAUGCCCAUUCUAAAGAAGCUCCCAGGUAGGUCAAAGAGCUGCCAUGAGUUCCCCAGAGUGAAUGGUGAACUUAUUCUCCCGAGGCUUGACCUGGACCUCAAGGACUUGAAUGAUCUGAAUGAAUUGCACGAACUGAAGGAUCUGAAAAAGAACCUGAACCCUUUUGAGGACGUUGACUUGGAUGAGGACGAGAGGAAUGACGGUGACGUGGGGCUCAUCAUGGGAGAGGUCAGGGGUAACCUCCAGCUCAGGUCCUCUCGAGAUGGAGAAGAGGAGGAAAACGAGCUGAAUGCCGAGAAGCACGGAGCGGGAACUCUUAAAGGAAAGCCGCUAAGGGGAACCCUGGAGCGGAUUUGUGGUGUGUCGCCACUGAAAACCCUUGGAAAAUUGGGCAAGGGGCUCCGCAAAUCUGGACGGAGUGUGUGGGGACACAGUUUACCCCACUACAGCCCUGGAGACUCAAACACACUCCCAACACAACGGGAAAAAAGGAAAGGACUACGCAGAAGCUCAGAAGGAAUUAUGACUUUAUUCCGCGUUAGCGGCGGCCGUCGCAAGGAGGAGCGCAGAGAAAGCCUGCCCUGUGGGGACCUGAGUGCAGACGGUGAGGCGGAGGCAUCGAGGCGGCCCUCUUUCCUCAGGAUGGUCAGCCUUGGCAAGAUGAAGAGGGAAUCCAUGUCUGACAAGGCUUCACAGGAGACUGAUGAGGAAACGGAGGAAAAAGAACCAGUGGUCAAAACCAGAGAGCCCCUCUCAGUACUGGAGAUUUUACAGCUAGUCAACCAUCGGGAUCUGCUCCUUGCUGACACGCACAUCCAGGAGCUGGAACGAGAGUGUGAGCUGCUCUCUCUUUUGCCGUCAAGUCCCGUCGUCAGUCCUGCUCCCUUGGGUGCUUCUGGCAUGAUUCCUUUAUCGUGUUCAUCCUUGGAUGAGUCACUCAGCUCCAACGCAACUCAGGAUUCAAGCCGCCGUAAAGAGAAAGACGUGGAGCUUCUCUAUGAGGCUUUAAUGAGAGAGAUGUGGGAUGUGGUCCGCGAGUCUCUCCGCCAGCCCAGUGCCGGACACAACCUCGGGUAUGUGGUACUGGUUAUUCAGCAGGAGGAGAAUGCGGACAUGGCCUGGGCUCUCAGAGAGAAGAACAAGCCAGAGCGAGAUCUGGACGCAGCUCCCCAGAGCCAACAAAGCCACCGUCCUCGACGAUUGAAAGUGAAGUGGAGAGAAGCUGUGGCGGAGGCUGCUGACUGGAGCCUGCCCAACCAGGUGGACACUCAGGCGGGCCAGCUGGCCUCGUACCUGGAGCGUCUGAGGAGUCGGAUGGUGGAUGACCUGGACGCGGCCAAGAGGAACGCCGUGUCCAUUUACCCCGAGGAGUUUUCUGCAUUCCAGGUGUAUGUGGAAAGUUAUCAUCAAGCCGUGGCGAAACGUCUACGAACACUUACCCGUGGCCCGCUGCAGAUUACCGACGUCUAUUCACUGUUGGAUUGGUUCUACAACAUCUACAACCGUGAUGUCCUGGGAACCAUUGGCACCGCAACGCCAAUCAACUAUGGUUCCCUGGAACCUCUUCUGCCUCAAGACACGGUGGACCAAUUGGAAACGGAGUGUCUUAGCAUUGUCAAGGAGAAGGUGUCCAAAGAGCUCAUUCAGGUUCUGGAUGACGAAGAGAGGCGAUGGGCCCAGACGCUCCACAUUGAGGAGUAUCAGUCCCACCUAGCGCCGUCGGUCAUUCAGAGGCUGAAGGUAGAUCUGGACAAAUCUACUUCUGUGAACCAAUUCCUCGGGGCAAGGGUGGCUCGCUUUAGUCUCAUCGGAUUGGCUGACUUUCUUCAUAGUUUCCAAAGAAAAGCACAGAUGUUUCACGAGACCCAGGCAGAGUUUGGCGAUCGAGGAGAUGGAUACGUUUCCAGGACCAUAGCGCUAGUCAACUGCUGCCCUCCUCUCAGAGCCUUUGUGGAGCGCUGCAGGCAGUGUGAUCCGCAGGCCAGUGAGCCUUCAGCAAAAAGAGCCAACUCCUCCCUGGACAAGAUCAUCAACCAUUCUGUGAAGGUGCUGGCCGAUAGACUGUUUGAGCACAUUAGGCCGUUUUUUGACAAAAUGAUCAAGAGGAAAUGGCUGACCAACACAGAUACCUUCGGGGCCAUCGAAACGAGCAUUAAACAACACUUCAAAAAGUUCCGACGGAUGGAUCCUCCACCGUAUCAGACGCUGGUGGGCGAGGUGCACCGUCGGAUCCUGGUCGAGUACGUACGAGCCAUCAUGCGGGGUCGGCUCAUUUGCACCUCGUCCAAGAUGAGAAAGAGAAUGGCUUUCCGCUUACAAGACGAAGCCAAACAGAUUAAAGGACUCUUUCAGGAUUUGGAAUCAAGUUCAUCUUGGUUGGACAGUCUCAUUUGCCACCUAGCUGACGUUGUUCUCCUCGAAGACACGCCUUCCAUCCAGAUGGAGGUUGCUGUACUGGUCAAAGAGUUUCCAGAUAUUCGGCAGAAGCACGUCUCCACCCUGCUGAAUAUCCGAGGCAUGAUGCGCCAGACGGAGCGUCUCGAGAUCCUCAACAUAGUCAAAGACUUUCAAUGCGGCUCGACCUUAAUCAGCCGGGAUCACGCCAUCUUUACUGAUAUUCCCAUAACUUCGGAGAUGCACUGCAUUAGCCUGGGAUUCCUGCGUCUCGCCAUGGCUGUCACCAAUUGGUUCUCGGAGCACCGACCGAGGCGAAACCGUAGAAAAAGUGCUGGAAACGCAAGUGGCACAAACGCAAGUGGCAGAAGGGCAAGUGGCAGAAGGGCAAGUGGCAGAAAGGCAAGUGGCAGAAAGGCAAGAGCUCAAUCCGCUGGCAAUCAGGACGUUGAUGACAUGAAUCAAUUUAACAGAGAAGAGUAGAGAAAAUGGUGUGAAAGUGAAGAAGAGCAGUUGCAGUCAUACUGUGAUAAGAUGAGACAUAUAUGCACCUUGCCAAAAAAUGGAGCGUGCCGACCCUACGUAAAGAAACUUGACUCGAGGUACUGCUCCUUCUGAUCACACUCACAUAACAUGACAUGAACUUUUGUUUUAUUUCUGAUCUCAACAAGUCAAUGACUCAUUCACUGCCAACCCAGUGAAUAUCUUUGACGUCUAUAACCGUCAAUGGCUCUGAAUGAGUUGAGAAACAAUUCAUCUUCAGCUUUCUAAAAUGAUAAUGCCAUCAUAGCAGAGGCAAUUCAAUAUGAUGCUUUGUUGUUUAUCAUUUAUUUACCUGGCAAUAUAUAUAUAUAUGGAUAUAUAUAUAUAUAUAUAUACUGUACCCACGUUUGGUUUAUACACAAGAGUGAUGUGUUGAACUCUUCACUGUGAAUGAUAUGGAUCUAUUGCUGGAAACUUAAUAAAGACCCAUUGAUUGGGUAGAUUGA